AUGACGGACAGAAGCCCCUUCGAGACCGACAUGCUCACACUGACCCGCUACGUCAUGGAGAAGGGGCGGCAGGCCAAAGGCACCGGAGAGCUCACCCAGCUACUCAACUCCAUGCUGACGGCCAUCAAAGCCAUCUCCUCGGCUGUGCGCAAGGCCGGCCUGGCCCACCUGUAUGGAAUCGCGGGCACCGUGAACGUGACGGGAGACGAGGUGAAGAAGCUGGACGUGUUGUCCAAUGCCCUGGUGAUCAACAUGCUCCAGUCCUCCUACAGCACCUGCGUGCUGGUCUCGGAGGAGAACAAAGAGGCCAUCAUCACCUCCAAGGAGAGACGGGGGAAAUACGUGGUCUGCUUUGACCCGCUGGAUGGAUCUUCCAACAUUGACUGCCUGGCCUCCAUUGGGACCAUAUUUGCCAUCUACAGGAAGACCACAGAGGAUGAGCCUUCCGACAAAGACGCCCUGCAGCCCGGCCGCAAUAUCGUGGCUGCGGGCUACGCGCUCUACGGCAGUGCGACCUUGGUGGCUCUUUCCACGGGACAGGGAGUGGACCUCUUCAUGCUGGACCCAGCUCUUGGUGAGUUUGUCCUGGUGGAGAAAGAUGUUAAGAUUAAGAAGAAAGGGAAGAUUUUCAGCCUCAACGAGGGCUAUGCCAAGUAUUUCGACGCAGCCACCACGGAGUAUGUGCAGAAGAAGAAAUUCCCCGAGGAUGGCAGUGCGCCCUAUGGGGCCAGGUACGUGGGUUCCAUGGUGGCUGAUGUGCACCGCACCCUGGUCUAUGGAGGGAUCUUCCUGUACCCAGCCAACCAGAAAAGUCCUAAAGGCAAGCUCCGGCUCCUGUAUGAGUGCAAUCCCGUGGCCUACAUCAUCGAGCAGGCGGGAGGCCUUGCCACCACGGGCACGCAGCCGGUCCUGGACGUGAAGCCCGAGUCCAUUCACCAACGAGUCCCCCUCAUCCUGGGCUCCCCAGACGAUGUACAGGAGUAUCUUGCCUGUGUACAGAAGAACCAGGCAGGCAGGUAGUGAGUCUGACCCCACGAGUCCUCUUCUUUUCAUUCUGGGCCUUGUACUAA